AAGCUUUGGCAGAACGCGUGGGUGAUAUUUCUGGAAGGAAGUCGCUGCUUCGCUUUGACGACCACAAGGGAGAAAAAUAACCAGAAAUCUACACUUUACUCCACGGAAAACUGUCCGUAACGUUUUUUACUUAAGAUAAAACGACCAAAGCCGAGAGUAUGGCAGAAAGCGACUGGGACACGGUGACUGUUUUGAGGAAGAAAGGCCCCACGGCUGCUCAGGCCAAAUCCAAGCAGGCGAUCACUUCUGCUCAGAGACGCGGGGAUGACGUGGAGACGACCAAGAAAUGGGCGGCUGGACAGAACAAGCAACACCUUGUGACGAAAAACACAGCCAAGCUGGACAGAGAGACGGAGGAGCUGCACCACCAGCGGGUCCCGCUGGAGGUGGGGAAGGUCAUCCAGCAGGGCAGGCAGGCCAAAGGGCUGACCCAGAAAGACCUGGCCACUAAAGUUAACGAGAAGCCUCAAGUUAUUGCCGACUACGAGUGCGGCAGGGCGAUACCUAACAACCAGGUCAUGGGCAAGAUUGAAAGAGCAAUUGGCAUGAAGUUGCGUGGGAGGGACAUUGGCUUACCUCUCGAGCCGAAAUCCACAGGGAAAUGAAAGCAAAGCCUCGAAAUCAGCCCCCCCCGCCCCGUGACCCCAUAUAUGACCUCUUACCGAAAGGCGACCCUUUCCUUUAACCCAAGCCUUCCCGCCCCCCCUCCCCUCCCCGGGCUGAUCUCACCUGUGUCCUGCCUGACGACACAGGUGCUCCACUGCAUCACAGGCUACGUACUAACAACUAAUCGGAAACACACUCUUCUUGACCACAUGAACAUAUGAUUGAAUGCAUUUGUUUGCAUCGUUAACGCUGAAGUUCAGCUAAUUGUUUUACCUACAUUUCUCUCGAGUUUGGCAUGUUAAAAAUGAUGGGGAGAAUCGUUAAAAAAAAGGUGAAUUUGUUUUCAAUAAAUUUGACCGUCAUGUAAAACCAGAAGUGCUUGAUUGCAUUUUUUUUAUUUUUAAACUUAGACAGUGAGUGGAUGUUUUUACAGUGUUGAAAUGUUUUAAUGCUGUUUUUAUUUUGAUUUUGAUCUCAGAAUAAAAGUUUCUCAGUUCA